GCUCGAAUUUAGGCAAAAAUGAAAUCAUUAUUUUAAUUGGAUUUUAAAGUAAUAAGAGAAUGGUUUAACUUUUUAAAGGGUUUUCUAGUAACAUUAUCCAUUAUUGUUGACAGGAUAAUACUUUUGGUUUCUAACUACAAGUCCCUUGACUUAUCAGCUAAUGUUCGUUUUGGACUAAGCUGAUAAUCUGCCUGCACGCCAGGGGGCAGUGUUGUAAAAAGGUUGGCUUUAUGCAGGGCACCAGAACUGAUUACAAGUAACCCCAGACUUCCGAGUGAACCUUUGCCAUUCAAAAUAAAAGCAUAAAAAGAUAAAGUAUUAACAAAGGGAUUUUAAUAAUUUGACAGUCAGAAUAUGCUAUUUUAACAGCCCAUCAUUAUUACUAUGGAUCAGUGGCAUUCAAAAUGUGGCAUUUAUAUUUUGUUGUAACCAACCAGCUUUAUUUUUGUUGAUGCAUCAUUUUGAUGAAAUAAAUUCUAAUAUAUAUUUUAUUCAUCUAGCAAAUUAAAUGUUAAAAUAGCAAUUAGGCACUCAAUCACUCACUUCAUAACGUUAGUAAGUGCGAGGCAGACGCAAAUAAACAUCCUUUUCCCUCAAGGAGGAGGAAAACUUAAAAUAUGUUGAUGCCGAUAUGGUGACGACACUCUUAUCCUGAAAAUCCAGAAAGGAAAUACUCUCCCGAACGCCGGCGGGACACGCGCGGCCGUGUUUUGGCGUGAGGCAUCAGGCAUGGCAGCACACGGUAACAGCUCCAUCCGCCUGCGCUUGCUUUUCGACUACCCGCCGCCGGCCGUUGUGGACUGCCGCAUGUGCUGGCUGCUCGUGGACUUGAACACGUGUCGCGUGGUGGCGGACCUGGAGAGCGUCAUCAGGGAGAAGUUCGACUUCGGCCGUGGAAGUAUCCUCAGCCUCUUCGUGGAAGGAUGCUACCUGCCGCACACGGAGAGCGUGUACGUGGUGCGCGACAACGACAGCGUCAGGGUGAAGGUGGACAGCCUGGCCCAGGUAAACGGGCACAGCAGCUGCCCCGAUGCUUCCAGUGAAAACGUCAAAAAGAGACCGAGGGACGCAGAGGAGGAUGGGCCCGGAGAAAACGCAGUGAUCAAAAAAAAGAGGAAAAAGAAGAGUGUGGAAACUGCGGUGAGGGAUAGUGUGCAAGCUUCAGGUGAUGAGAGGAAUAAGGAACCACUAGGGAUAAAAAAGAAGAAAAAGAAGAAGAAACAGAAGAAGGCUGAGGAAAAAGGCCCACCUGUUGUUCCCAAACCAGCUGCUUCUCCUAAAAAGACCCCAGUUAAAGUCCCCAAGACUCCCCCAGUGGCAAAGUCAAAACCCCAGAAGGCCUCCUCUUCAGAUACCAGUAGCAGCAGUAGUGAGGAGGACAAAGCUCCCAAAAAGCCGGCUCCCCAGAAAGCGGCACUGAAGGCACCCACCUCCGCCCCCGCAGCCUCCAGGGCGCCUCCGACCACCAAACCCACCCAGACAAAGUCCCGCCCCCCACCGUCGUCCUCCUCAGAAACCUCCUCCGACGAGUCCGCCGUUGAAAAAAGCACGCCGAAACCCCCCUCCACAGCCGCCAAAGGGGGCGCAAACUCAAAACCACAGCAGGCUAGUCCAGCCCAGCGGUCCGCAAGCGCCGCGCCGAGACAAGGUGCGAGUGCGGCGGCGCCUCCUGCCGACGACUCGGACAGCGAGGAGGAGAUCAAGCUGGUCAUCCGGCAGCCGGCGCAGCAGCCGGUCCUCGGCCUGGGCGCCCGUCAGUCGCCUUGGAGGGGCCGAGGACAGGGCGGGCGCGGCGAAGGACAGGGCGGGCGCGGCGGUCGCGGCGAAGGACAGGGCGGGCGCGCUGGCCGUGGAGAUGAAGUGGGGCGGGGGGGCGGCAGAGGGGCCGGCAGGGGCCGCGGUGCCAGCUUUGGGUUCAGAUACCGAGGAGCCGAGGAGCCGAUCUGCCGCACCGAUCAGCUGACCAACCUGUCCACAGUCCUCCAGAACGGAGCCGAAAGUGCCCCCAUAAAGGACUACAGCUGCCUGCCGCUGCUAGCCGCCCCUCCGCAGGUGGGGCAGAAAAUUGCUUUCAAGUUACUCGAGCUAACUGAGAGCUACACUCCAGAGGUAUCACAAUAUAAGGAGGGGAAGAUUGUGAGCUUCGACCUCACCACCAAGCAGAUUGAGUUGCAACUACUGAACGGCUUUCAAGCUCCCGUGGAACCUGGAAAGUUUGACCUGGUCUAUCAGAACGCAGACGGCUCGGAAAGCGUCGAGUACGCAGUGGUCCGAGGCUCUCGGGUGACAGAACGCUGGGACUCUCUGCUGGAACCAAGGCUGAUCAUCUAAAGCGCACGGCCCUCCUCAACUCGUUCUCUAGUGCCUGGGUUUAAAUUAGGGAGAAUUCUUUACAUCGCACAUGACAGCAAAAUAAGUUGUUUGUCUCUCUUUGAACGUGAAAGUAAAUCAUCCCUUUACACAUUUGAGCUACUACGGCCGAAUGUAUUGACCAAACAUUGUUGCAUUUUAAUUAAGUUUGGAAGUGGAAUACUUUUUUUCUUUUCCUUUUUAGUUAAAUAUUGAGGUUGACUGUGUAUUUUUGCUUCCUGAACUGGGACGUAAAGGUUUUAUGUUUUGUCGUGUCAUGUGACUGAGAUCAGUAGUGUAAAAAUGUUUUCUAAUAAAUUGCUUAGGUGCAUGUCUAUACUAUUUUAAUAUGCCUUAUAUGGAAGGCCAUUUCUCCAUGAAUAGGGAAAUGGUAGUAUUGCUAGAAAUGGAAAAGUUAUAGAAAGUCAAAAUUAUGAGACCCAAA